AUGUUUCUUCGAUAUUUUUUAACGGUGCUAUUAUUUUGUUUUACUUCUGCUCUUGAUCCAUUUGAAAAAUUUGCUGAAUCAACAACACGUCAUACUAAUAAUUGGGCAAUUCUUGUUGAUACAUCUCGAUUUUGGUUUAAUUAUCGACAUGUUGCUAAUGUACUUUCUAUUUAUCGAAGUGUUAAAAGACUCGGUAUACCUGAUUCAAAUAUAAUCCUAAUGUUAGCUGAUGAUAUGGCAUGUAAUCCUCGUAAUCCACGUCCAGCUGAAAUCUUUAAUAAUGUUGCUGAACAAAUAAAUGUUUAUGGUGAUGAUGUUGAAGUUGAUUAUCGUGGUUAUGAUGUAACUGUUGAAAAUUUUGUACGUGUAUUAACUAAUCGUUUACCAGAAGUAACACCGGUAUCAAAACGUCUCCUCUCUGAUGAAAGUUCAAAUAUAUUUAUCUAUAUGACCGGUCAUGGUGGUGAUGGUUUUCUUAAAUUUCAAGAUAAUGAAGAAAUAUCUGCUGUUGAAUUAGCUGAUGUUAUUGAACAAAUGUGGCGUAAAAAACGUUAUCAUGAAUUAUUUUUCGUUGUUGAUACAUGUCAAGCGGCAACAUUAUUUGAAAAGUUUUAUUCACCAAAUAUCUUAGCUGUUGGAUCAUCAAAACGUGGUGAAGAUUCUUUAUCACAUCAUGUUGAUCCGAAAAUUGGUGUAUAUGUUAUUGAUCGUUUUACAUAUUAUGCACUUGAAUUUCUUGAAAAAUUAAAACAAGAUUCACAAAAAACAAUUAAUGAUUUUUUUCAUUGUUGUCCAAAACAUUUAUGUAUAUCGGAAGUAACAUGGCGAACUGAUUUAUUUACCAAACGUGAUUAUCAUAAAACACUUUUAACUGAUUUUAUUGGAAAUGUUCGACGAACAGAAAUUGUGAUGUUAAAUAGUCAAUUAUUAGAUAAUAUUAUUAUUAAUUCAACUUUAAAUCAAACAUUCGAUAAACAAGAUGAAUCAAAACAAGAAUUUACUUAUAUUUCACAAAUGCCAAUAUUGGACUAA